GUGCGAGAGUUUUAGUCUGUCGACUGAUCCCGGUCUUUUCACUUGUACAAGCAAAGUAAGGAGAAGCAAAAGAAACAAAGAUGAACAAACUACUGAUCGUCCUGUUGGCAGUAUGCCUUGUCAAUGUACACGCAUUCGUAAAACGUGAUACAGCAACCCCAGCGGCCAGCGACGAUAUCUUGAAAAAUCUUCAGAAACAAUUCGAAGAAGCUUCCAAGAAUUUUGGUACACAAGUGCAGAAUGCGCUCGACUCCGACAAGAUUAAGAAGGACGUCAAUGACUUUAUUGAAAACUUAAGCAAGACAUUGAAGGAACUGGGUGAGAAGAAAGAAACGCCCAAGUAAUCUAAUAAG